UUUUCACUUGUGCGCAGCGGUAAGUUGAAGGUUGUUGGUAUCGACUGAGUAUGUUGUUGUGAUCGUGUGCGUCUUUGACACAAAGUGAGUACCGUAUUUCCUGCCCUAUAAGGCGCACCUAAAAACCAAAAUUUUUAUCAAAAGUCGACGGUGCGCCUUAUAGUCCGGUGCGCCUUAUAUAUGGAUCAAGUGAUGAAUUUGUUGAUCCAUACUGGUUGUACACAGUGCUCUGCCAAAAUGUUUUACUACGUUUUAGUACGACUAGUAAAUUACAAGGUCGCAUCGCUUCCCAACAUUACGGUAACUGUAGUCAGGGGGCGUCACCAAAUAGCUGUUGUACCCGCGAGGCUAUUUCAUUUCAAAAUAGGCUGCUCCGUUAAUGUUUUGAAUAAAUCUACGGAUCGAUAUGGAAAGGAAACAUGGGUAAGUAGUACCAAUGUGUUAGAUCAAACUUUAGUCAGUUCUGAUCAUUUUAUAGGUGAUCGUUUGAGAAACGCGAUUGUUUACACUUUGCUGAGGCUCAUGGGAGAUUGCGGAUGGCUAAUGCUAUAACGAUAGCUGCUAUACGCGCGAGGCUAUUUCAUAUCAAAAUAGGCUGCUCUGUUAAUGUUUCGAGUAAAUCUACGGAUCAAUAUGGAAGGGAAACAUAGGUAAGUAGUACCAAUGCGUUAGAUCGAACUUUAGUCAGUUCUGAUCAUUUUAUAGGAGAUCGUUUGAGAAACGUGAUUGUUUACACUUUGCUGAGGCUCAUGGGAGAUUGCGAGCUGAGGCUCAUAGGAAAUUGCGGAUGGCUAAUGCUAUAACGAUAGCUGCUAUACGCGCGAGGCUAUUUCAUGUCAAAAUAGGCUGCUCUGUUCAUGUUUCGAGUAAAUCUACGGAUCGAUAUGGAAACGAAACAUAGGAAAGUAGUACCAAUGCGUUAGAUCGAACUUUAGUCAGUUCUGAUCAUUUUAUAGGAGAUCGUUUGAGAAACGCGAUUGUUUACACUUUGCUGAGGCUCAUGGGAGAUUGCGAGCUGAGGCUCAUAGGAAAUUGCGGAUGGCUAAUGCUAUAACGAUAGCUGCUAUACGCGCGAGGCUAUUUCAUGUCAAAAUAGGCUGCUCUGUUAAUGUUUCGAGAAAAUCUACGGAUCGAUAUGGAAGGGAAACAUAGGUAAGUAGUACCAAUGCGUUAGAUCGAACUUUAGUCAGUUCCAAUCAUUUUAUAGGAGAUCGUUUGAGAAACGCGAUUGUUUACAGAGGGCUCGUUGGUUAUUGGCUAGUGGGUGCAUACCGCAACCCUAGUCAACCUCAGUUUGUUGCAGUAAAGCUUCUAUUUUAUGCACCUUAUAGUCCGGUGCGCCUUAUAUAUGGACAAAGUUUUAAAAUGGGCCGUUCAUUGAAGGUGCGCCUUAUACCCCGGUGCGCCUAAUAGGGCGCAAAAUACGGUAUAUACAUUUCAUUGUUACUACUGUCCACUGUUGUGCCGUUUGUCCGAUCGCGGUUUGCUUCGUAUGCGUGCCGUUUGAUUGACAGCUCCUGCGCGCUCCUUUAAGUUUGCCUCGCAUAGUACGAGUAGCUGUUACGCAGCGGCACGGCAACUAACGGUCGCCAGUAAAUGUAUUUUGUUGUCUCGAUGACUUAUGUUUGGUGUGUUGCCGAGAGUAUUUCAUUUAUGGUUAUUAUUUUUUGCCAAUAAUUCAGUAAAGCAAUCAAAACUGAACCACGUCUUCCCUCCUGUGUUCUGACCGACAUCCGGGGUCAGAGUAUAACCAUCCGAGCCAACCCCCUAUACCAGUGGUCACCAAACUACGGCCCGCGGGCCGGAUACGGCCCACAGGACCGUUUAAUCCGGCCCGCCAACCCUGAAAAAAUUGUAAUAUUAAACUUUUUUUUUUUUUGGUCAUUUUGCCUGCAAUGACUGCGUUUCCCCAGUAGAUGGGGAAGCGCUCGCCUGCGCAUUUACUACCGGAAGCCGUGUCAGAAAGCUCCAUGCACACUCACAAGUGCGUGUACGUACUCAGUAGUACGGACAUGGCGCACCCGCGCUCUAUUUGUAUCAGUCCCGAAUUUAGAGCGUGGGCUGUGACGACAGCAUUCUUGUAAUUCGCGCGCUGAGCUUUCAGAUGCAGUUUUGCGCUAAAGCCACCCACAAACCUUCCCCUGGAAUCCUUCCAUUAAAAUGAGUCGCCCAAGGAAAAGCAAGGUGGACACAGUGCCGAGCAUUUAAAAGAGAGUGGCCAAUUUGGCUCGACGUACGCGACGUGACGUUCAGCCACAUGAACGUCAACAUCAACCCGUCACAGAUCGAGGUAAAAGACCAACACCUCGGAUCUCGCCUAAGAAUCGCCACAACAAAUUUUACUCCAGACUAUGACGCACUAGCAAACUUUAACAAAAAAGACAGCGGUGUCUACAAGCCUACUGGAACCUACAAAAGGAUUAUAAGGAAGGAACACAAGAACUUUAAGAGACUGCUCAUAUGUGUCAGAGAUAUUCUGCUCUGACAACUGAGCUGAACUUUUAUCUGUUAAGAUUGUGCAUGGCACAACAGAAAGUUAAUGUUCCAUGGCUUUUUUUUCUAAGAAGAACCCAGAGAGAGUUAUUUAGUUAUAAUUUAUUUCCUGUUUUUUCUGUGAAGAACUCAGAGAGGGUUAUUUAGUUAUUAUUUAUUUCAUUAAUAGUGUUAUUAUUUGUUUCCUGACUUUUUUCUGUAAAGAAUCUGGAAAGGGUUAUUAAAUAACCGUUAUUUGGUUAUGUGUGGCUUUCUGGAAAACAAUACAUUUUUUAAGCUCCCCUACGAUCGUCACACUUUUUCUGUUACAAACUGACACCGGCCCCCCAUCAGAGAAUGGAAAAGUUAUGUGGUCCUCACAGGAAAAGGUUUGGGGACCCCUGCCCUAUACAGUCCUCAGGCUCCCCAACAAUAGCGGUAGCAGUUUCCAUUAUUUUAUUGCAAUGUUUUCCCUUAUUCAGAUUUGUUUCAAGACUACAGUUAGAUGGUUAAUGCAGUUAUUGCAAUUUUGUAGAUUGGUUUAUUUACAUUUCAAAAACCAGAAGCCAUUCAUUUGCAAAUGUGAUUGCACUUUAGUUUACAUAGUAUUUAAAUGUUCAGAUAUUAAGAUGUGAUAGACAGUUUUUGCAUGAUUUGAAUGAGGCAAAAUAACAUGCUUUUUCUCUCGAAUAUAUUGUUAUAAUCAUUUGUUUCAGAUGUACUGUAAUUAUUUUCUGUAUAGAAAUUAAAUUUGGUGUUCAAAAAGUCUUUUUUCAAACUUCAGUCUUGUCGUCUUAUAAUCGGGGUCGUCUUCUAUUCGGGCCAAUACGGUAUUAUGUAACGAAAUGUAAAUGUGUUAUUUUGUAAAAAUCAAGAACUUGAUCCAACCUAGAGUGUUACAAGUUAGGGAAAUAAAAAUCACGAACAGCAGUUAACUGCGAUCAUAACUUUUUAUAGAAAGUACUGUUAAAAGGGUCAAGGUCACAUGAUGAAAAUCUUUUGCACUGGUAUUGCUAUGACUUCACAAAAGGCAAUCUAGAAGGUGGGCUUAAUUCCUUAAAGUUUGUGAAGCGUAAUCGUGUUCUUACAUGAUUAAAAUGUUAUCUAAAAAUCAGAUCAUCUUAGAAAUUGGCCAUGACAUGACACAUAUCUUCACAAGCAUUUAAGAGCUGCAGAUUACAGAUACUUAAAAUUGAACACAUCCCUAAUGACGAACAAGUAGAGAAAGAUAACGGAUGGAGUAGAUAAGGAUUAUAUAAGACGUGUUAAGAUACCACCAUCAAUUUUCAACACCGCUUACCCUGUCCAGGGUCACGGGGGGCACUGGAGUCUAUCCCAGCUGACUUCGGGCGAAAGGCAGACUACACCCAGAACUGGUCGCCAGAUACCAACAUCAAUUAUUUCAUUACCCACUUUGUCAUACUACACAAAGUAAUCUCUGAAUACCCAUACUUUGAGUUACUCAAUGAGUGAAUCGGGGCUGAAGUACAGUAUAUAAUAGCUAGGGUAAAGCCUUACGCUUUCAUCCCUCCUUUGCUGUGAGCAACAUUAUUACAGCUGUUCAGAGUUCAAACAGGACAGAAUGGGGUUCUGUCAGAACAAAGACAUUUUAAUUCAAAGACAAAAUUGUAUUGUAUGACUAAUCAGUUGAAUACAUGUAGAAUGGGAGAUUUGAAAUCCACGUUUUUAUUGGUGAACUGUGCUUCGUGAAUGAAAUUCAAACAAAAAUACGUGAAACAUCAGCAUACUAAUUAGGCCAGGUGCAUUAUUCAAAAAUGCAAUACAAAAGCAGUAAAAAUAAAUAAAAUAUAAAGCUGACUCAAUACAGCAAUUCAAAAUGCAGGGAUCUCCUGGACUAGUUGCACCUCUGCUUCACAUAACUUGUUGGUAGUUUAAAAAGCUUACAAUGCUAAGUAUUUAUAUCUAAAAUGUUGCUUGUUGAUACAGUACCGGUAUCAAGAUAUACUUUAUGCAGGUAUAGUCCAGCCAUCCAUUAUCUGAACAUUUCAUCCUCACAAGAGUCGCGGGCAUUCUGCAUCUUUUUGCAGCUGACUUUGAAUGCACCCUGAACUGGUUGCCAGUCAAUUGCAGGGUACACAUCCAGUAGACCAGGGGUGGCCAACCAGUCAGAGACUAAGCGCCACAUUUUUUUACUGUGUACCGCAAAGAGCGACAUCCCAUCCCCCGCCCCAAGCGAAGCGAACACGCAGCGUUUGACGUCCCAUUUGAUGGUUGUGUCGCACCAUUGUUCAGUUGUCCUUCAGACCAGCUGAGCUGGAGCUCAUGUUUGCAUUUCCCCUUUUCUACAGCAUGUUUCAGCUAGUGGUGAUCGCCCAGUUUGUGGGAGGUGAGCUUCACUUUCGAAGUGCAUCGUGUGAGUCAUGCCCCGCCUUCAAAUGACUCUGUCUGAGUGAACAUGUCACAGAAUUUAAUUCAGGAAAAACUGUUAAGCAGCGCCUCCAUCGAGUGGAAAUUUGGGUCUGUUGGUACCAUUCCAACCAUUGUAUUUUAGACUUGGUAUCAUUUUCAGAUUUUUGAGUCACAGUGGCAUUAAAGCUAAAUAUGCCAUCCAUUUACUUUACUUGCAAACAAAAUUUCAAAUACAAUUGGAAAGGAUUUAUAGUACAAUAAAUCCAUCUUUACCUGUGAGACCUCAGUAGUCUACGUCAUGCCCAACAUGUUUUCAUAUUCACAGCCAUGCACUGCGUGAACCCUCUGUACUGAAAGGCUUGAUCCUAUGAUUGCCAGUUUUGUUAUAUGUACUCUAUAUGUCAGAGCAUUUUAAAUUCUACUUUAAAUUUACGUAAGUUAACAACACCAUAAAACAAUUCAUGAGUGGUCUUUGUAUGUGAGUAUGAGGUGUACUCUAUUGAAGACAAGCAUAGCAUCAUCUCUUUUAAAUUCAGAGGACACGGUGAUUCAUAGUUUAAAGAUCUAUAAAGUUUUAAGAGGCCAAAGAUCAUUUAAAAGAAGGAUGGUGCAAUCACAUUUCAAAAAUGAUUCUUUUAUAUGCACGUGCUGUACACUGACCCCAUAAAACGUAACAAUGGUUAAUUUAUUUCCACACAAUUCUCCUUCCCACUACUAUUUGGCAGUUGACAGCGGGACAUAAAGAGCAGUGCCCUGGGCGGUUGGUAACCGUCCCUUUAUUGGAUAACCAACAGAAUAGGAAAGGAUUCAGUCCAGUAAAAUCGACGCAUUCUGGGCUGUUGAGGAUACGCAUCCAGUGUUUUUUCCAAGUUGACUGGCCACGGAUAACGCUUGUCUUGCAUCAAAAUUUCAAUAUGUCUAUGUUCAAGGAAACAACUGCAGAACUUGCUGUCUGCCUCUCUGAAGCCACAAUCUGCUCUGGUGCUAACUGCCUUGUUCCAACCACUGACUUUAAUGCAACACUGAGUCUAGUAUUGAGCACUGUGCUCACCAUCAUGCUGGCUAUGGUCAUGUUUUCUAUGGGCUGCACUGUGGAUGCACAAAAACUCUGGGGGCACCUGAAGAGACCCUGGGGCAUCGUUAUUGGUUUCCUUUGCCAAUUUGGCAUUAUGCCUUUUACCGCAUUUGCUUUGUCAAUUGCCUUCAACGUGUUGCCUGUUCAGGCCAUUGUCAUCAUUAUCAUGGGUUGCUGCCCUGGAGGCUCCGGUUCCAAUAUUAUCUGCUACUGGCUGGAUGGAGAUAUGGAUCUAAGUAUCAGUAUGACAGCCUGUUCCUCCAUCCUGGCUCUGGGAAUGAUGCCCCUCUGUCUGCUUAUUUACACCUCCAUCUGGACUUCUUCAGACACCAUCCAAAUCCCAUAUGACAGUAUUGGUAUCACUCUUGUGGCCCUCCUUGUCCCGAUCUCCGUGGGGAUGUAUUUUAAACGCAGAUGGCCCGAAUUGGCUAAAAAGAUCCUCAAGGUUGGGUCCAUUACAGGUUUUGGUUUCAUUGUUAUCAUUGCUGUAGUUGGUGGAAUUCUUUACCAGUCUUCUUGGACCAUCGCACCUUCCCUUUGGAUAAUUGGAACUAUUUACCCCUUCAUUGGUUUUGGGCUGGGUUUCCUUCUGGCUCGCUUUGUGGGUCAACCAUGGUACAGGUGUCGAACAAUUGCUUUGGAGACUGGUUUCCAGAACUCCCAGUUGUGUAGCACCAUUGUUCAGUUGUCCUUCAGCCCAGCUGAGCUGGAGGUCAUGUUUGCAUUCCCCCUUAUCUACAGCAUCUUUCAGCUUGUGGUGGCCGUCAUGUUUGUGGGAGGAUACCAAGCCUAUAUAAAGUCACGUGGUCUGGGAUCAGCUGAAACAGAUAGUGAAUCUCCGUCAUUGGAAGACGUAUAUGCAGAAGGAGCUAAAGAGAAGCGCUUUCAAGUGGAAAAUAGCGCCUUAGAGUUGAAUGAAGAUCAUAUUAAUAAAGGCAAGGCUGAGCACUUUGACAAGAACACCCAGCUCUGAUAUUACGCCUUUGCUGGCUUUGUACAAAAUGACCUCCGCAAGCAGGGCAACACUGCUAAAAGCUCCAAACUGUGAACAGACACCACACUCUGCAGGCUAGGGUGGUGUCCAAUGGUUUUAACGGAUUUAAUUUUUUUGAAAUAGCCCCGGAAAAGAGGGCUACCUAAAUAUAUUUAAUAUAUAUGCAUAUUAGUGUUUUUGUGAAGGGACAUUUUUCAUGCCCAGAAGAAGUGAGGUAGUUGAAUGGUCAUUGUGUGCUUGUUAUGAAGACCUGUAUCUCUGCAGUCAAAAAGCACACAUCACUUCAGGCUCCUAUCCAAAAUGUGAUAAAUGCCCCCCCCCCCCCCCAAAUAAUUGUGUGCAGGCUAUUAUAUUUUGCUAAACUUGUCCAGACUGAGCCAAUCAAGUAACAAGAUAUUAUAUUUUGCUAAACUUGUCCAGACUGAGCCAAUCAAGUAACAAGAUAAAAACUCAUUUGCACACUAGGUAAAUAAAAGUACAUCCCAACUUUUUUAACAGAAUAAUCAUCAUUUAUUUAUAGUGUUUUAGAAAAAGUUCUUCAAAUAUGCUUUGCUUGUUCAUGUACU